AAAUAGCCGUAAAGAGGAUCGCCCAAAAUGUUUGGAUUUACAAACCUUAACAAUUAAUGUGCCAUUACCAAUAGAAGCGCCGUCUACAACACUUGUCAACCGUCCAAUUGCAGAUGCAAUUACAAAUGCAAUAGUAAAAGAGUCAAUAAAGGAACCACCAACAUUAUUAAAACCAAGAAAUUUUAAUAAUUUAAUGGUUAAAGAAAUGUCUUAUCCCUUAUCAUUAGUUCCGGGUCAAUUUUGUGAAAAGUAUCGGAAAUACACAUCUACUGAAUUACGUUGCUAUCCUAUAAAUACAGUGCUGGAUAAUCCACAUUCAUUACAAAAUUAUAUGAAAGAUUUGAAUGCUUCGGAAAUAGAUACGGAAAUAGAAAAUAAGCACAAAUCUACUAAAAGUGAAAACAAUAAUCAACAAUUUGAACAAAAUCAAAGAGCAGAAACACAUGAUAGUUCUUUACGAAGUAGUAUUGAAGAUAACGUGAAAAAAGAUAUGCCAAUAGAAUAUGUAAGCACUUCCGAAUCCUCUUCAAGUGAGGAGAGCUCCAGCGAAUCGGAUUCUGAUUCCGAGUGUUCGUCGUCAUCCUCAUCUUCUGAAAGUGAAACAAAUCUCUCUUCAUGCAAUGUUUGUCAACGUACUCAGCAUCGAAACCUUAAAGAUUUACCAGAACGAUUUAUAAAGUGUUACACUUGCCGCCGGAAAGUUCAUCCGAGCUGUGUUGAAAUGCCCCAUCGAAUGAUGUUAAGAGUGCGUAAUUAUAACUGGCAAUGCAACGAAUGCAAGUGUUGUGUUAAAUGCAAGCGCAAGCAGGAUGAAAAUAAAAUGCUGUAUUGUGAGCAAUGCGAUAGAGGAUAUCAUAUAUACUGUAUAAAUAUAAAAUCAGUUCCCGAUUGUCGUUGGAGCUGUGAACGUUGCAGUAUAUGUAUGCGAUGUGGUGCUACUAAACCUGAAGGAUUGCCGCAAGUUCAGCAACAAACUUUAACAUCUCCAAACGGAGAAAAAGUCAAACAAGUCAAACACAAAAAAGUGAAAUGGAUUAAUGAGUAUCGUAUAGACCAUAUAACCAAAUUAAGAGAACACUGUUCGAUGCUUUGUGUGCCAUGUGGACGUGCAAAAACAGUGAAGCGAACAGUACCUGCAUUACCGAAUAUAAAUAAUAAUUUUAAUAAUAGUAGCAACACUAUUAAUGCUAGUGGUGUGAAUAGUAAUAUAAAUGCAAGUGCUACAAAUGCUGUUCAAACAUCAACGGUGCAACAAAAACAGCAAAUUAAAAUUCAACAGUGCAACAACACUCAAAUGUCGCCACCUCCUACUCCAGCUCCAUCAUCUGUUAUUAAUACAGCAGCAACAACACCGGUUACACCAGUAAUAAAAACAAAUUCGAAUAACAAUUCAAGUGGAGGAACGGUAAUACCACCGGUAGUUGCCUGAGUGGGGGUAAUACGGUAUUGUCCAAAACGGAGUAUUACAGAUUUAUAGUAGUAACUGAAUACGCAAUCUACAUAUGCAAAUGGUUAAAACUUAGUGCUAAAUAUUAGUCUAUAUGUGUGUAAAAACUGAAACGUAUAUUAUAAUUUAUUUUGUUUUAUUUUUUUUUUAAUCACACCAUUGUGUGAUUUUAUAUUUGUACUUUUAUUUCUUUUAAAAAAUAAAUGCGUUAUUUAAUACUAACUAAAUUUGUGAUUCAAUCAAAAAGUAUUCAAUUAUGAAGCAAAAAUUUCGCAUUUUUUUAAAUAUAUAAUAGGCUACACAUAUACUUACAAGUUAAGUUUAAUAAAAUGAAAAUCUUUUUGUAUUAUUUUUUUAUAAUAAUUUAGUUUUUUAUUUAAGUUAAAUAAUUAAUU